CAAGCCUGAACUAAAGCUUUUUUCCACGGUGCCAUCCUCACAGUGGUCCGCUCUAAAUGCCCAUCGUACGUCGGCGCCACAGGGAUUCUCGUCCAAGAGUUCAAGCACAUCUUCAAAAUCAUCACCAAAGAAGACAAGCUGAAAGUGAUCCCGAAGAGGAACAGCAUGUUCGCGGUGGAGAUCAACGGCUUCGUCUCGCACAUCUACGCCAGCAAGUUCGAGCACCGAGCCAGCGAGCGCUCGGCCAAGAAGUUCAAAGCGAGAGGAACCAUCGACCUGUGAGGCGUCGCCACAUGUGACCAAUGUGUGGCAGAUCCAUGCAGAUCAUCUCCUGCCCUCUAAAUCCACAUCUGGAGAAACAUUGUUCUGUUCUGUUGACACCACCGAUCACCUCAGGAGGGGACGUCUCACUCUGUUGUACAGGGGUGUUACGGAGUGGACACGUUAACCACACAGCAGGCUACUCUAGUCCCGCUUCCUGUUGUAUUUAUUGUUGUUGUUUUUUCCUCAUGUUUUUGUUUCUUGCAUUAUUAUUUGGUACUUAAGCUGUACAGAAAGGACAGAGUGAACUAGAUGUCACCAUGUACUGCACUCUUUUGUAGGCCGUAAAUGGCCGUUGGUCUACAUUCUUCUGAUGUUAUCCACCUGCUGCUGGUUAAGCACAACCUACUGACUGCACGUUUGCCUCUUGCACAUUCUUGGCUGCGUCCCAGAAGGCCUUGUUUGUUUUUGUUUUCUGUCCAACUAGAUAUUGGCACCACUGACCUGGUUCAGAGUGUCCAGAAACUACUUCCUGUAUUUAAAGCCAACUGUGUGUGGGUUCUUUAGGAAAUGCCGACACACACACACACAAACACGCCUAAUUUAAUGUCCCAUAACUAAUGCGUCACAUUAGUGCACAUGUCAGGACACACUCUUUGCAGAGCCAAGAUCAACUCUCUUACAGUAAAUAGUGUAAACCUGUGCAAGAGCACGCUGUUUCAUGACAUACUUAUUCUAUCCUAUGACAUUUUAUUGACUUUUCUGUUUUGGUUGCCGCUUAACAAUAUAAUGAUAUACCUUAUGUUGUGUCCACCAGACGGUUAUUAUUAUUCAAUAUAAUAUGAAUAUUUAUAAUGCAACUAUUGUCUGAAACUCAUUUAAAGUGAAUUUUAAAUAAAAGUCGGUGAUGGUUGAAAACCUGAGGUGGAUAUUUCCAUAAAUAACUUUCCUGGGAGGGAAAUAGAUUGGUGACGCCUUCUCUGCUCACAUGGGUUUGUCUAAAGCUCCAACUCCCUUGGGCGACUCCCACGUCACCAGCACAUAAAAGAAGCGCCCGUGCGCCGCAGACUGCACGAUCCCAGGACAGCGUCUCAGCAGCGGGACUUUAUGCGCAACAACAAAAACAACAACAACAACAACAACGCACUAACGAACGGCUCGUGCUGACUUGUCACCUGAACAAAAAUGGAUACGGAUGAGAAAUUGUUCUUGUCUACGCAGAACAACCGCGAGCGGAUCCGCGCCGUGGAGAACUCGUUCGGGCCGUCGGGGAAGCCGCUGUACGAACCGGGUCGGUUUCUGCUGGGAGAGGGUCGGCUGGUGAAGAUGACCCGCAAGGGGCCACAGCCCAGAAGGUUCUUCCUGUUCAACGACCUGCUGGUGUACGGCAGCAUCAUCGGCCGCUGGCACAAGAAGCAGAUGAUCAUCCCCCUGGAGGACUGCCAACUUGAGGACCUAGAGAACGGAUUAUCAAUAAAGAACCAGUGGCUGAUCCGUACGCCACGCAAGUCCUUCUACGUGGCAGCCGCCUCCCAGGAGGAGAAGCGGGCCUGGAUCCAGCAAAUCGAGGACUGCCGGUCCAUUCUGCUGCAGAACAGGGACUGCCGGACCAGCUCCCACUUUGCCAAAACCUGUAUCCCCGACUCUGCCUCCGCAAUCUGCAUGCGCUGCUUCGACAGGUUCUCCGUGACCCAGCGUCGACACCACUGCCGGAAAUGUGGCUUCCUGGUCUGCGCCGCGUGCUCCAAGACCCGAGCGGUAAUCCAACACAUCCACCCGACUAAGUGCUGGAGGAUCUGUACCGGGUGUCACACAAACUCCCUGACCAGGACGACGGAGGAGGCCCAGCGGGUGUGUCACUGGAACGAGCGCCACACAGAGAGGAGGAGCUCAGGAUCAAGUGAGGAGGAGGCCAUGGAGCAGAUGGAGGACGGUGACCCCCCCAAGUGGUUGAACUCCCAGGUGGAGAACUGGCCCAUCUACGUCAACUUACAACCACACUGCACUACAACCGCACUCUGCACCGGGUACCACUCAAGCUCCUCGACCAGGACGACGCAGGAGGCCCAGCAGGUGUGUCACUGGAACGAGCGCCACACAGAGAGGAGAUACUCAGAUGGAGAGGAUGGAUCAAGUGAGGAGGAGGAGGCCGAGGAGCAGGUGGAGGACGAUGACCCCAAGUGGUUGAACUCCCAGAUGGAGAACUGGUCCAUCUACGUCAACCUACAACCGCACACAUGCAGCCCUGAGCAUAAGAAGGGGGAGAAGAAGAACAGCCUGGUGUGGCCUUGUUAAUGGAUGGACAGGAUGCUUUGGACAGUGGAAGGUCAUUAUCAUAAAUAAUGUAUAAAGUUAAAAUAUAUAUAUUUAUACGGUUCUUACGUUCAUUUUUUGAUACAUUUGGGGAUUCAUUUCCAUUAGAUGAAUCUGUGAUUUUGGUCAUGUGUUUUAAUGCUUCUAUCUACUUGAAUGUUGACCACAAAUGUGAACAACGUCUUUAUACUUUUACAAUGAGUAAGAGAGGAAAUGUGUCUGCAAAUGUUGUGCAUUUGAUAAUAAAAUAAUGUGCUAUGCAAA